UUUUCAUAAAUGGAAAGCGCCAAAUGUGCGAAGUUUCCAUUGCUUCCCAACAACGUUUUCUUCCCUCUUUUGUUUUGUUUUUCUUGCUCUCUCCAUAAAGUCCUAAUUACCAGACUUCCUUUUUUCUGGAUUUUAUCUUGCUCCUCAUCGUAUUUCGGAUUGCAUUUGCUUCCACCAAACCCUAGAUUUUGUGGAAAUGGGUCUCUGGGAUUCCCUCCUCAACUGGCUCCGAAGCUUAUUUUUUAAACAGGAAAUGGAGCUAUCCCUUGUUGGCCUUCAAAAUGCAGGAAAAACAUCCCUUGUUAAUACAAUUGCUACAGGAGGAUACAGUGAAGACAUGAUUCCAACUGUGGGAUUUAACAUGCGCAAAGUUACUAAGGGCAAUGUGACUAUAAAGCUUUGGGAUCUAGGAGGCCAGAAGAGGUUUCGCUCAAUGUGGGAGCGAUAUUGCCGUGGCGUCACUGCAAUUGUGUACGUAGUAGAUGCAGCUGAUAGAGACAGUAUCCCGAUAUCCCAAAGUGAGCUACACGAACUUCUGGAAAAGCCAUCGUUAACUGGGAUUCCUUUGUUAGUUCUCGGCAACAAAAUUGACAAAUCAGAAGCUAUUGCACAACAAGCAUUGAUGGAUCAGCUAGGCUUACAAUCAAUCACCGAUAGAGAAGUUUGCUGUUACAUGAUCUCAUGCAAGGAGUCGGUAAACAUAGACAUCGUCAUAGAUUGGCUAAUCAAGCAUUCAAAAAUCGCCAAAUGAGCACGAUCGAGAAAUUAGACAAACGUGGUUUAAACAGCUUAAUUGGGAUUAUGUGAAGAGUGAGUACAAUCUGAGGAUGGAGGAAGUAUGUAUGAUCCAUUUUCCUGGCUGUAGAAUCAAUUUGCCAGCGUAUAGGUAGCUAAUGUAUUAUUAUUGUUUUAAGUGUUAGGCUGUUAUUUAUACUUUAGUUAGUAUCAUAUUUGAUUUCUCAUGUUCUUCAAUAAAUGCAAUCUUGUACACAAUCAUUCUCCUUCAACCUUUUCAUUAUUGGAUUAAAAAAAAAAAUAUAUUAUUGGAUUUUUUUUUUAA